AUGCCUCAACAAUAUCUUCUAUGGGUCAAUUCGCGACCCUUGCCCGAUUCUGGGAUUGACGAUGAUUUGUGGGAGAAAUGGUAUAUCGAAGAACACGUUCGUAUCCUCACCAUCCGUUCCCAGAGAUGUCGAGCUCAUCGAUGCCAGGUCCCGGACUUAGUGAACAGCAAGGCCACCGUGCGCGCCGCCAUGUAUCGCGAAAACUUCGACUUCUCUCUUGAACCAAAAGAGAGGCGUCCACGCAAGUACUUGGUUAUAUACCAAAGCGACUUCGAAGAGCCGCUGAGUUCCAAAGAGUAUUUGAAUGACGUGCGGCACUCUAGCGUUAUGUGGCCUGACAACAAGGCGACAUCCGAGGUUGGGGAUUUCAACGCAAGGAAUUAUAAGUUGAUCCAAGACUAUGAUCCUGAUGGAAAAGGGGAAUCCGCCCCCCCAUUUUGCCUGACCGUCGAGAUGGACCCGGUGGAUGAAGCCGACUUUGACAAAUGGUAUCGCGAAGAACAUCUCGAUAUGCUGCACAAAUUACCUGGUUAUCGUCGAUCGUCCAGAUAUGUAAUUGGGCCAAAGCUGCCUAUCACUGAAGGCGAGCCUCCGAAGUAUCUGGCCAUCCACGAAAUGGAUGAUUUGCGAGGAUUCAUAGGGAAGGAGGCUGAUGCCGCCAACGACACACCCUGGACAGUGAAGCAUAUUAAGGACAGCAAGGUAUUCAUUCCGAGAGGCUGGGAACUGAUUUAUUCGCAAGGGUAUUGA